AUGUCCCUCACUCUAACCCCUCAACGCUCCAAGAAAGCGUGCAGCUCAUGCCGACAACGAAAACGAAAGUGCGAUGGAGAGCAUCCCUGCUCGUACUGCCUUCGUAAUGAGCAUAACUGCGAGUAUGAAAGUAGUAGAAAGAAGGCAAAAUUGCAAAACUCGGAGAGGUCGGAUUCCCACAACGACGCUUCAACCUUCAAUGAUACCACAGAGGUCAACUUACAGCUGCGCCUGCUAGAGGCGGGGUCCCCUGCUGUGUUUGUCAGGCAAUUAGGAUUGAAAAUUAAUCCUACUCAAGCCCCUCGUCUCAACUGCUACGCUUGGAAUCUUGGCCUCAGGAUAGAGACCGCCUGUCUUCAGUCAUCAUGCUUAACUGAGAUUUUGACCGUAACGCAAAUGCGUAUGAUGGCUACAGAAUUCUUCCUUCAUGUGGCUCCGGUCUACAAUUUUCUGGAUCGCGAAUAUGUCGAAAGUGCCAUCAUGAAACGAUGGCAAAUUCAGUCUAUAAGUGACAGUCUCGACUCGAUGUUAGGCGGAAUCGCGGCGCUUGCGUGCCUUUUUGGUGGACGAUCAACUGCUCUUGAGCUCCAAAUAGUCCAAACUACCCGUAGCGCUCUGGAAUAUUCAAGCUCCCUGCCUUGUCCAGAUCUCGACCAUGUCAUUGGAUGGCUAUUACGUGUCAUCUAUCUUCGAGCCACUAGCUCUCCCCAUGCUACUUGGAUGGCGAGCUGUACUCUCAUGCAUAUGAUAGAGACGAUAAAGCUUCACCUUGAACCUUCAGAGAAUUCGAUCCUGGCACAAAGCCCAAGCUUGUGUGCGCCCGACCUCCGAAGACGUAUUUACUGGGUAGCACAGCUCUUCAACAUAUGGGUGUCGUCAGAUUAUGGAAAAUCUCGAGUUGAAUUGCAUGGUGCGUCGUCAGAGCUACCCGGGCAAACUUGGACAAAGGAACAACAAAACCUAUGCUACUUGUCAUAUUCACUUGCACAAAAAGAUAAUCUUGAACCGCGCAAGGUUGAAGAGAAUAUUGCAGAGCUUGGCGCGCUUCAAGUCACUCAGCCUAUGCUGCGGCUUCUACAAUGCAAUAUUGGUUUGUGUUUUUUUCGACGAGCACGAGCUCUUGGUCAAAACCUUUCAGAUCAAAGUCUACGGUCUAUCUUGGGCAUGGCUGAGAAUAGCCUACAAGUGGUGAAAGACCUUUCCGAGUCUCUAUGUCCCUGGUGGCAUAUUAUUAACAUCCCGUUUCAGAUUGUAUGCGUUCUUCUUGUCAUCAACGACGACUCAGCUUUCUGUCUCUUAGCUGAAGCCCUUGACACUCUGAAAAUCAUCGUAAGCCAGUACAAGACGGAAAUGGUUCGGGAGUCUUACUAUAUCGCUUGUUUUUUGGUCUCUCAAGAACGUCAAAGACGUCUCAAGAAGCUUGAGCUUAUGGCAAAUGCUCUGAAUGGGCAUCAAGCCCUAUUUCCGACGAGGACUACAUUUGAUGCAUUAAAAGACACUGCUCAUAGUCUGGAUGAGCCGGGCACUCCGGAGGCUACUUACCUUGAUAACCUGGACUUGAACAUUCCGUUGUUGGCUGACUAUUUCUUGUUGGACAGCCUAUUUUAUGAACCUGCAACUUGA